GACUUGGCAACACUGGCAGGCGCGCACGGGAUUCGCGGUUUUGCGACGACUCGCGUCACUAAACGCCAGACGGCAGACGGUCAGUAGUUCAGCGUUGACGCUAGUUUACGCUCGAUACUUGGCUGUUUGUGCUUAAUUCAUUAAAUCAAACCUGCACAGAGCGUCUUCGAAAUGCCCAACAUCAUUAACGAGAUCAAACUUGAUUUUAAGGACGUGCUUCUACGCCCGAAACGAUCAACCUUGAAAAGCAGGAACGAUGUGAAUCUGUUUAGAGACAUCACCUUCAGGAAUUCGAAAAGGACGUACAGGGGCAUUCCCGUGAUGGCCUCGAACAUGGACACCGUUGGCACAUUUCAGAUGGCCAAGGCCCUGGCUAAGCAUGGUCUGUUCACCUGUAUCCACAAAUACUACACAGUGGACGAAUGGACGAAAUUUGCGUCCGAAAACCCCGAUUGUCUGCAAUACUUAGCGGCUAGCUCAGGAAGCAGUGAAGGGGACUUCAACCGAUUAUCGGAAAUACUCAAGGCUGCACCGGAAGUGACGUUCAUUUGUCUGGACGUCGCUAAUGGAUACUCGCAGCACUUUGUUGAGUUUGUCAGGAAAGUUAGGGCUGCGUUUCCUACGCACACUAUCAUUGCUGGUAAUGUGGUAACAGGGGAAAUGGUUGAAGAACUUAUCCUUAGUGGCGCUGACAUAAUCAAAGUAGGCAUAGGACCUGGAUCGGUGUGUACCACACGCAUGAAGACUGGAGUGGGAUAUCCUCAACUUUCGGCUGUGAUAGAAUGCGCUGACGCUGCGCACGGUCUACAAGGCCACAUUAUAUCAGAUGGUGGCUGCACGUGUCCAGGUGACGUAGCGAAAGCCUUUGGAGCAGGCGCAGACUUCGUAAUGGCAGGAGGAAUGUUCGCAGGUCAUGACCAGUGUGACGGUGAACUUAUCGAGAGAGACGGGAAAAAGUAUAAGAUGUUUUAUGGGAUGUCUUCAAAAACGGCUAUGGAAAAAUAUGCGGGUGGUGUAGCUGAAUACAGAUCUUCGGAAGGCAAAACGGUGGAGGUACCUUAUAAAGGCGAUGUAGAAGUGACAGUGUUGGACAUCCUAGGGGGCCUACGUAGUGCAUGCACCUAUACAGGGGCUUUCAAGUUGAAGGAGCUACCCAGGAGAGCCACUUUCGUUAGAUGCACUCAACAACUAAAUACUAUCUACAGCUAGGUUUUGCCAAAUGUUUUAGCACAAUUCAAAGUUGCCUUUUCAAGGGGAACUAUAUAUUUUGUGGGUGUAUACGAUUUUGUUACAAUGACAAGCCUAUAAAAAUGUAGUCGGUUGCAGUGGAACUAAUUGUUCAGUCCAUUCUUUAGAAGCCAUAUUUCUCGCAUAAAUUGAGAACGUUGCCAAUUAUCCCUAAAUGUUAUGCUGUAUACAUGUUUAAGCACUGUCUUCCAAAGUUUGAUUUCAACCAGUCUUAGAUUACGAAUAACCUUAUUUUUCUGAUCAUUAUUCGGAAUUUUUGAAAUGCUGACUAAUCUUUGCUGAACGUUUCAUAGAUUUGUUCUUGUAUACAUAGCGUAUCUCACCGUACAUUUUUCCUAUAACGAAAAAAAAAAAAUGGUAGAAAUUGCUCGUAUACCUCACACAAAACAGCUUUUAGAGCCUUUUCCUAGACCAAUUAUUACAUCGAAUGACUUUUUGAAGCUAAAUACUUGGCCUCUAAUUCGCGCAAAUUGUUAUUCUUUCAUUGAAAGAAAUUAUGAUUCAAUAUCAGAGGUUUAGAGUGAAUUAGAAUUCAGUCAAUUUGGAUACACUUUUUUUUCAUUUUGACGAGUUUUAUUUCAUAUUUCUUGCUCAAUCGCACAAUGAAGAUUUAGCAAUUGUAUGCACAGAUAUUUUGUCAAAAACAUUAUAUUUUUCUAAGUUCAUUUUACUCAGGGCUUUAGAUGUCCCUCUUUGUAGGUUUCAGUUUUGUUAUUUGCUAUAAAGUGAUUAGCAAAUCUGUCUCUGAGUAUUCAGUUUGUUUUGAGACUGAAGAUUACUGUUUAGCUUGAACGUGUUAAUGACAUUUUACUAGUUUAUUUUAUCAAUAGCAUUGGUUGAUGGCCAUUGUCUUUAGUUAUCAUCAUUACUGCUGAGAUGCUACAAUAUUGGUCCAAAAAUCGAAUGAACGCUUUUUUGCCUAUAUAUUUUGCUAUAAAAUUUAAUUUUUCUGAAAAUAUAUGUUGUGGCCUUAAUGUGAAAUUUAAUGUUGUGACGUAAAAUGCCAUAGUUCAAGCUGAAGUAUUAUGAGAAAUAAGUAUUUUUGUUUGUUUGUAAGAAAUGUUCAUUUUUAAUUUCUAUAUGUGAUACGUGUGGUCGGCUAAAUUGUUCCUCAUGUGUAUAUUUUUUGUUUCAAUAUGUUUCGAAAAUUGUUUUAUUUAUAUAUAUAUAUAUUCUAUCAGAAACAGAGUUUCUCUAGACAACUGUUAUUGUUGUAGUAUAUUAUCAAAUAAAAAAGUGAUUUUUUAACAUA